UAUGUAUUUCAAUCAUCAGGGAUUUAUUUUGUCAAGCAUUUAUCAAAAAACUAUCACUUAAAAGCAAUUACACCUUAUACAGGGAUUAAAAUGAAACAAAAUCCUUCUGCCUGUCAUCUUUGAAUGGUUGGAUUUUUUAAUGUAUUCAAUCAAAAGGUAAGUUCUAUUGAGAAGAGGAUGAGCAAAGAGCCAGAUGUCCUGUGGACUACAUUAAUAACAUCCCAUUUACGAAGAAUGUCUAGUUUAUUGUACACUAAGCCUUCCACAAAGACUUUUAAUCACACUCUGAGAAAAUUCAUGCCGCAGAUUAAAAAUCUACAAUGCCCAAAUCUAAACAAUGUAAGGUUUUAGCUACACAAAAGGCGAGUGUCUUCAUUUGAUGAAUCACUCAAAAAAUGAGAGACAAAUCGUUGAAGUGCUCUCCCUUCACAGGGGAAAACAUAUAAAAGGUAGGGACAGUGGAGGAAGGAUGUCAAGUGAGGAGGCUUUCUUUUCCAAGGCACUUGCAGUCCUAGACAAACAGCAAACAGGAAGAAUCAUAGACAUGGGGUUCUCAUCCUACAUGCUCAUACUAACUUUGUCUUUCUUCUCCCAAGCAUUUUUGCUUUCAGCAUCAAAAACCAUGAGAACCGUUGAGGACGACAUGCUCCUAAAUCCAUUUGGGCUAGGCAAAGCCCUUCAGAAGGAAGACAUUGCAGAGAAAUCCGGAGCUGCACCUUCCCUUGAACAUUAUAAAUCCGAGGAGGGUGGCUACAUCAACGAGGAGGAGAGAAGAAAUCCAAAGAACGUAGGCUCCAAACAUAGUUUCUUAAACCGUGGUCUUCCGUUGAGCCUAGCUCUUAAGCAGCUCCCUUAUCUUGCACUGAAGGGAUCAGUGGCUUUUCCAGCUGACAAUGGAGUUCAGAAUAUUGAAUCAACACAGGAGAGGAGAGAGAUUGGGGAUGAAGAAAACUCAGUUAAAUUUCCAAUAGGAAGGAGAGAUUUUGACAGUGAGUAGU